UCUCGGUCUUCUGCAGCAGCUUGAUCCGUCAGGCAGGCGGAGCUCUUGGUCCAUCUGCUCCCAGCGGCAGUGCAUCCUCCCCCCCUCCCUCUUGGGUCACAGACCGCUAUUCUCAGAUCCGAACAAGUGCGGCCUUAUAAAAACGGUUGCGAAGGAGCGGAAAGCACGCGCGUUUCCAGGUGAAGAGAGCUUGAUGACUCCGCGCGCACCUGGAUGUAGAUCUGCGUCACCAACACCGACGUGACCGCUGAAGGGAUCGCUCCAUCAGCCACACUCAGACAACAACAUGUACGCUGCCGGCUUGCUCAUCGCUUGUUCCUGUCUGAUCUCAGAGAGCUACCAACGAGCACCAUUCCCUGAGCAAGAAAAAGAUCCCACAUUUUGGAACACGUGGGCCCAGAAGACCCUGAAGAAUGCUUUGACUCUGCAAACUCUCAACACAAACAAAGCUAAGAAUGUCAUCCUGUUCCUUGGUGAUGGGAUGGGCGUCCCGACAGUGACGGCCACUCGGAUACUGAAGGGUCAGCUGAGUGGACAUUACGGAGAAGAGACGCAGCUGGAGAUGGACAAGUUCCCUUUUGUCUCUUUGGCCAAGACAUACAACACAGAUGCACAGGUGCCAGACAGCGCCGGGACGGCCACGGCGUACCUCUGUGGGGUUAAGGCCAACGAGGGCACGCUGGGUGUGAGUGCAGCCGCUGUUCGCUCCCAGUGCAACACCACUAAGGGCAACGAGGUCACCUCCAUCCUCAAAUGGGCCAAGGACGCAGGAAAGUCGGUGGGAAUCGUGACGACAACACGGGUCAACCACGCCACUCCGAGCGCCGCUUACGCACACUGCGUGGACCGGGAUUGGUACUCCGAUAAUGAGAUGCCAGCUGAAGCCUUGAUGCACGGCUGCAAGGAUAUUGCCAGACAGCUUUUUGAAAACAUUCCCAACAUUGAUGUUAUUAUGGGCGGAGGAAGGAAAUUCAUGUAUCCCCAAAACACGUCAGAUGUGGAAUACCCUACCCAACCAAAGAUGAGCGGCACACGGAAAGACGGAAGAAACCUGGUGCAGGAAUGGAUUGACAAAAUGAAGGAUAAGAAAGGCAAUUAUGUAUGGAACAAACAGCAGCUUUUAUCUCUGAACCCAAACAAUGUGGAUUACCUACUGGGUCUUUUUGAACCUUCGGAACUGGCUUAUGAGCUGGAGAGGAACAAUGACAGCGACCCUUCACUGACAGAAAUGGUGGACGUUGCCAUCAAAGUCCUAAAGAAGAACCAAAAUGGAUUUUAUCUGCUAGUGGAGGGGGGACGGAUCGAUCAUGGACAUCAUGAGGGCAAGGCCAAGUUGGCUUUGUAUGACGCUGUGGAAAUGGAUCGGGCCAUUGGCCGAGCAGAUCUCCUGACCAGCAUUCAUGAGACUCUGACCGUAGUCACUGCUGACCAUUCUCACGUAUUCACCUUUGGAGGCUACACACUCAGAGGAAACUCCAUAUUUGGUCUGGCCCCCAAAGUGAGCGAUGCCGAUCAAAAGCCAUUCACUGCCAUUUCAUACGGAAAUGGACCCGGCUACAAAAUCGUCAAUGGCGGGAGGGAGAAUAUUUCUACAGUUAACUACGAGAGUUCGCACUACCAGGCCCAGGCAGCGGUGCCUCUGCUCAGUGAGACUCACGGAGGAGAUGACGUGGCUGUGUUUGCCAAAGGUCCCAUGGCUCACCUGCUACAUGGGAUCCACGAACAGAACUACAUCCCCCACGUAAUGGCCUACGCGGCCUGCAUCGGCCAGAACCAGAACCACUGCAUGUCAUCUGGUGGAACAGUCGGGUUACAGCCGGCCUUCUCAAGCAUGGCAUCCGUUCUCGCUGUCACUCGAUUUCUGUGGUGAUUUUCUUAAAGACACUUUUUAAUGUUGACAUGUCUUAACAAGAUAUUUUCUUUUUCUAAUGAGUCUCUAAAAUGCUUUUGUUCUGGAACCACUGAAAAACAUGAUUCACAAAUUGGAUCAGAAGCAACUGGAGUUUUCCCGUUUACCCCAAACAUUCCAAAGGAAGCCCGGUUGCCUCUGGUUCUGUUUGGGCGAAUCACUUCCCUGGAUGACUGAGAUCCUACACCAUUUAGAAAACUAUUGUAAAAAAUAAAAAUGAGAUACACAUUUAAACUUCAGAAACAAAUAUGCAGAUCCCACAUCACAGAACAUUCACUGGAGUAGUGAGACUUCCGUUGUUCAGGAGAUUUAAUAGUUUGUUAGCGGUGGGGUUUUGCUGUAAAAUAAAUACACUCCUGAUGCACUGAUAGAAGGAUAAUUUUGCAAAUAUUAUGAUCUAAUCUUCUUUAGCGUUUUGAACUUUUAAUGAUUUUGGUGUGAAAAAGAGGAAAAACUACAAAUGUUGGGAUCAAUUACAUAUUUUCAUUUUUAAUUAACAAGAAUCUACCUCACUGGCAUAAAAACAUCACCCCAGGUAAUUCUUAAAAAACAUGUUUUGUUUAAUUCUAAUUAAAUCCUUUUGAUUUCUUGUCCCACUGAAUAUUUUCCAAUCUCACAAAAAGGCAAAGAGACAAAUCCAGUUUAUGCUGCUCUGUCUGGUAGUUAAUAAAUCUUUUUUCUUAAAAAGA